AUGACAACAGCUCAAGCACGGUCCGACACCGACGACCGCACCAACUCGGUCCUGUCCACGUCCUCGCAUACGCACGUCGACUACCCCGAUGGCUCUCAACAGUCACCUCGAUCCAAGAUGACCGCCUGGCCCACCAAGCACCCGGAGGAAUAUGAGCUCAAUGCCGGUCAACCAGCGCAGGCUGAGGAUGUUGCGCAAAGAGCUUUAGCCAUCGACACCCAGGGGCAGCGUGGUCCCACAGCGUCGACCGAGCGAACGCAGGCUGGUCCAGCACAUCCACCACCACCUGUGUGCAUGCAGAACUGCAUCUCCAGCAUCGAGGCAUGUACCCAGGACAUCGCGCGCUUUAACGAGCGCGUCGAGCAGAACAGAGUGGAAGCAGAGGCGCAGAGGCGCGAAUCAGGAGAUCCUGUUGUGGCACGCAAGGCCAUCAUUCCGCUCGUCUUUGUCAUUCUGUUUUGGGUCUUUUUCGUCUUCGUGUGGCGGCUUUGCAGUCGCAUGAUCCAGCAGACGCCUCAAGGCGUCGUUCUCGGCACUCGAUCCGAAGGAAUCGGCAUACUCGUUGGCUUUGUCGUUCUGUGGCUCAUGACCAUGUGGUCCUAUGUGACGGUCAUCUCCAAGGGUCCGGGUCACGUCAAGGACUAUGUGCCAGAAACUGCGCCUCCACUUCCAGGACCACAUGAUGCGACGCCAUGGAAUCAAGGAGCUGCACCCCAGUGCGGCCCCCAGCAGCAACACCCCACGCAGCCCUUACCGAUACCCACACAGCAUGCAGGCCGUCAUUCGAACAUUCCAGCCUCAGAAAGCUCGUUUGCGCAUUCACACGGACUGCCAUCUUCAAACUCGCUGCCAUACCCCUCGUUCAACGCCGAUCUGGAGCGAUUCGGCGGCAACCGUGCAUCCUCAGACAGCAUGCGCGUGCUGCCCGGCUCGGUCGAGCCCAAGCAUGACAUGACGGCUGCCGACCUUUCGCACUCGCGUAACUUUUCCCAGCGCACCAUCGCAGAGGAAGAAGAAGGCGCAGCUGACACGUCAGCCGUCGACGUCGAGGCACAGCUCCGCAGCGAACCCGCACCCGCAACGGAGGGCUGCGAUGUUGCUUCCCACGUCGACCCGCAGCUCCCUGGCAUCCUCGGGCCUCUGGCCGCAGCAACCAUUGCAGAAGGCGACGCGAUGCGAGAGGCGACGGAUGAGCUGGACCGAGCAAGGGGCAACGUCGACCGCGGUCCCCACACGGAACCUGCAGAAGCUUCCGCCGCGCUACCUGGAUCAUCAGGAUGGUCUGCACCACAGAGACGACCACCGAACGAUCCGCCGCCGCUGUCUGCCGCAGCGCAGUACUGCCAUCGCUGCAAGCGCGUCAAACCGCCGCGCGCGCACCACUGCCGACGCUGCGGCACCUGCGUGCUCAAAAUGGAUCACCACUGUCCCUGGGUGGGCGGCUGCGUGGGCGCGCACAACCAGCGCUUCUUCUUCAUCUUUGUGCUGUGGGUCACGCUGCUCGAAGUAUACACGCUCGCGACGACGGCAGUGUACUUCCACCGAGGUGUGCGCGCGCUCUCUUCCAACUCGUCAUGGCAGGUGGAUGGCUUUCUCGUCUCGCUGUUCCCCAUCUGCGCGGUGUUUUUGAUUUUCACGGGCGCGCUGCUGGGCACGCACGUGUUCCUGAUGGCGCACAACAUGACGACCAUCGAGCAUGUCGGGGUGAAUCGCAUGCAGGGCCGCGAGCGCGUGCUUGUCGAUAGGUGGUUCGGCAUGCAGGCGAACAGUUCCGCCAAGACGCCUGGAUUCGGCGCAGGUCUCAAAGCCAAGAGGCAGAUGAUUCGAGACUGGGACAGGGAGUGGGGCAAGCUCACAAAGGAGGGCAACAGGUGGUGGCUCGGCAGCUCCAGCGAGGCGGAGGCACAAGAGACGAGCGCUGCGCAGGACACCCAGACAGGCGCGCAGCACGAGGACGGCGGCUCGAUCCAUGCUGCGCACGAAAAGCACGUUGCGGAGGGAAAGCGCGCAGGACAUCAGCGCGUCCACGGUGCAUUCCGGACCAACACGGCGCAGGCGCUGGGCAGCUCGAUGUGGAUGUGGUUCCUGCCGAUCGGCAAGCAUCCGAACGACGGACUGGACUUCCCCAUGAAUCCGAGAUUCGGCCCACAGGGUGUCUGGCGAAAACGCCCGGAAUGGCCCGAGCAUCUGCAGUGA